GAACAAAGAAGGGAACCAUUUUCUAAGAAAUAAUUCCCGUUUGACGCGCUGCAGUGUGAGAUACCGACUUUGUUCAGCAACUUCAGCUUUUGAUUUCCUCAAUUUUGGUUCGCGAAGCUUUACGUGUAUAUUCCACGGCUGAAAUAUGCCGCCUUGAGAAGUCUCAAUGGCUUCGUUCUCUCCCUACACGUAUAUCCAAUGUCCCUGCUACGAUUCGACAAGCCGGUCUCGUCCCGUUGACGAGGCGCCCUCUCCCACUUCCCAGGACGAGCCGGACGACGACGACGACAAGACCUUCGAUCCCCGUGCGCCCCGUUCCAACUACAGCUUGUACCCUAUAGAGUACUUGCUAUAUUGCGAUGUAUGCUCUCAGAUCCGCUGUCCUCGCUGUGUCUCCGAGGAGCUCGCUACUAUCUACUGUCCGAACUGCCUCUUCGAGGUUGGAAGUAGUAGUUUGAAAACCGAAGGGAAUAGAUGCACACGUAGCUGUUUCCAAUGCCCCAUCUGCAUCGGCCCCCUCGCCGUGCAAUCCCUCGAAUCCGCACCCGAGCCCUCCCUCCUAACCGCCGAAGGCCAGGGUCCGGUACCACCCUCCGGACCAUGGAUCCUCGCCUGCUCGUACUGCAACUGGAACUCGGCCGAGAUCGGGGUGAAGUUCGACAAGCCGCAGGGCAUCUUCUCGCAGAUAUCGAAGCUGCGCCACGGUGACGAUCACAGCAAACACUCCGCAAUCUCGACCGCCAGCACGACGGCAGCAGCGGUGACGACAGGGGGAGACACAACUCCGAAGAAAAUAGACGACUCAACAAAAGCCCGCUUCGCCGCCCUAAAGUCCUUCUACGCCGCACAAAGCAACCUCAACUCCUCAACAGCAGGCGGCGCGCUAGCCGGCAUAGCCGACUACGGGUUCAACUCGCCCGGGGCGCUCUCGCGAAUCAUGAACCUGUACUCCGGCAACGCCGGCCCCGGCGGCAGCAGCAGCAACAACAGCACCUUGAAGCCGAAAGCCAAAGCCAGCAUAAUGCGAGAAGCCAGCAGCGCAAACGAAGGGUUCCGCGCCGCCUCCCUCGACGAAAGCGCCCUCCUCUCCCAACUCCGACGCGACGGCUGGAGCGGCACCGUAACAGGCGAAGAAUCGCGGUCGCAAGUAGAAGAAGGAGCGCGGUUCUCCGGAGACCUAUGGCCGAUCCCGUAUCUACUGCGCACGAAGCGGUCGAAGCGGUGUCCGGUGUGCCGGCACAUAAUCAGCAAGCCGGAGUCGAAGGUGAGCAACACGCGGUGGCGGAUCCGGCUCGUCGCCAACAACAACAUCCCGAGCGUAUCCAUCAAGCCGCUUUCCACGUCCCCCGGGGGUAGCGGGUUCGUCGCGGGGCCAGGCGGUCUGCUGAAGCCGCUGCAGCCGGCGCAGUUCCUGCUGACGUUCAAGAACCCGAUCUUCGACGAGAUCAAAGUAACGCUCGCGACGCCGGCCAUGACGCCGGGACGUUUCGCGUCCAAGGUCACGGUUUUGUGUCCGCAGUUCACGAUCGAUGCGAACACGGACACAGAUAUGUAUCUCGAUGACGUGUUGAAGGACGGGGAGAAGGAGAGCCGACGCCGGCGUGGGGACGAAGGGACGCAUCAGGCGGAAGCGGGCAAGAUAUGGGAGCGGGGACGCAACUGGGUUAGUAUCGUGGUUGAAGUGAUUCCCGCGUCCCUGAAGAUAGGAGAGCCUUCGCUACUUAGAAACGAGAGCGAUUCGGAACCGGAUCUGAGUCCGCUGAAGGAGGAUGAAGACGUGUUGGAGAUACCUAUGUUUGUACGGUUGGAGUGGGAGGGCGAUGUGUCUCAGGAUCAAGUGGGCAUGGGCAGCACGGCCGGAAAGGAGAAGGAUACGAGGGAAAAGAGGGAACUGGCGUACUGGUGCGCCAUUGGCAUUGGUCGGAUCAGCCAGGAAUAAUUAGAGAAUCUACGAUACCCCGAAAUGCAGACAUUAUGAGAA